AUGCUGCUGCCAGUUCUAUUGUUUCUAGCCGUCUUCACUUGUGAAGCUCACAAAAUUCUAGUGGUCAUUCCCAAAAUGGGUUACAGCCACAUGAAUUAUUUGGGCAGUAUAGCGGACACUCUAGUGGAUGCCGGUUACGAUGUGGUAUCUCUGCAGCCAGUAAUCUUUCCUCAUGUUAAUAAUGGCACAAGGAAAUCUCGUCUAAUCCAAGUUGAUAUGGACGAAGCAAAGAUAAAUGGGUUGCUAGCUACCCAGCGAUCAAAUCAAGAACGUAUGUGGACUGGGAGUGCUACGAAUCCUUUGGGUGUUAUAGCGUCUGUAUCCUUCCUCGGCAAUAUCGCGGCACUAUCUGCCGAACAAUUACUCGAGAAUAAGGAGCUACUGGAGCGUUUGAAGUCGGAAAAGUUUGAUUUGGGCAUU